GACUUGUCUGUAUACUAUGCAUACAGUGAAUGUUGCUACUGCAGGCUUUAUGGAUUCAUCGAUCGUAGCAAGCUACUCCCAGCAGUAUAUCAUCUGGAAUUCUGUUUCUACUGCAUAUCGUAUACGCGUCAAUCUAUCCGUUCUAUGCGACUGAAUUGAGGAUGUCCUUUCCUCUUUCAUUAUAAUCACAGAAUGGAUCCCACCCUGGACGAAAUUUCACUGCACGGUGCCGUUCUUCCAUCGAACUGGUUGAUCUUCAUAAGUUUUUGUAAAAAAAGGCGUCGAACCGGACUCGGAGUCAUUCAUCUGCACGCAAGCCACGAACCUCAACACCCUGCAUACUAUCAAAAACUCGCGAACGACGUUGUUGAGCAUAUGAUGCUUUUUCCCGCCAGAGGAAUGCCUCGCUUGGAUGGCUACCUGCGAGCUGUUCUCGAUUUUGAUACCAUCAAGGUUCCAAGUGGUCUUGUCAAACAUGUUCACAAGACGAGGCAAUCUACUAAACUUCGUUGGCUAGUGACAUUCCCUAUCUUCUUGCCUUCCUCACCAGAUCAUCGUACCCGGGACAUCGAUGCCCUCAAACGCGCGGUUUUGGAGGUCAAAGAAUUCAUUCAAAAAGUUCCCGGCAGUACGAAGGAUAUGCAUGCCAAGUUCCAGAUGGCUCAUAAGGGAAUCGUCGCAGAGAAAAAACUAUUUUACGUGCAAAACGAGAGACUUGCUCUUACAGCUGUUUGCAAAAAGUCUUCCUCCAUGGACUCUGGGAAGCAAACUGUUGUUGCAGACGAAAACCCUGACGGGUCAGAACCAGUGGACGUACUCGACAAACGUGGACCUGGCCGCCCACGAAAACAAAAAGAAGCUCCUCCUGCACCUCAAAAUGUCACGAUUUCAUAUUCCCUCGUCAUGUACUCAUUUGAACAGAUGAAGAAACCAAAGACGAAGAGGAGCGAAGAGACUGCGAUCAUCAAGCUCUACCAGGACGAACCCUUCGAUACCCUCAAGGCCCAGAUACUCAAGUGUAUAUCUGAGAGCCUGAAACCAAAGAAGCUCGAUUACGACGACUACAAGAUAAUGUUCACCAUUCUUCGUCAUCAAACAGCGCCACUAUCCCUCAAAAAAACUGCCGAGUAUGAACAUCUUGUCGAGUGUGCUGUCAGAAUGAAGACCCCUGCCGUGAAGCUUUUGAUCGAAGCAUUGAAAGACCAGACAGCAUCGAAGAAACGGAAGAAUGGCGAUCCAGAAGGGGAUGGCGCGAAGGCCAGUGACACUGGUGACACCAGCCAAUCAAGUGGCUCCAACAGCGACGGCCAGAAGCGAAAGAAAAAGAAAAAGAAGAAGAAGCUGGUCAAAGAACUUCCUCUCAACAUCGAGCUCUCUGCCCAGAUCAAACUUUUGCAAAAUCGCUAUACCUGCAACAAGCCUGGCUGUCUCACGUCUGGUUAUUGUUAUAUCCUACCGGAUAACAAUGCUCAUUUCACGCCAAGCCAUCGGCACUUGAGCGUGUGGGCCGCUGCUUUGGCUGCAAAACCACCUAUCACGACACUCGACAAGCCACCGAACCAUAAGGAAUUCGAUACAUUGUCCUCUAACCUCUUGUCGAACUCUGCACCCUUGAUCCAGCGACGCCUUGCGGAACGGAACACUGCUCAAUCUACUCCAGACCCAUCCACAUUGACUGUUCCGACAAUCAAUUUCAACCUUCCUAAUGACAUUUUUUCAUUCUUACGGCCUGCAUCAGCACCCUUGCCAACCACUCCUGGUCGAACCAAUGCUCUCGUCAAUAGUGCUGAUAUGCCUGUUCUUCCUGUCUCUGCUCGGCCUGGCCCUGACUUGUCUCUUGCGAACUUUUGUGCUGUGUAUGACCUAUCUCCGGACAUCCAUGCCAAGCUCACGGAAAACAGAUAUACAGGAACACGGACCAUCAGAUACAUUGUCGUUUCGGAGCUGAAAGAAAUGGGAUUCAAGAAUGGCGAGAUUGCGGCAAUGAAGGAUGCAGUUGCACAGUGGGCUAAUGGAGAGAUGUGA